UGAGCGAGUGAGAGCCGAAAGAGAGAGACUUGCGCACUUGGGUCGGGCUGUGGGAAAGUAGCGCAGACGGACACAGACGAGUGGCUCGUGCUUUAAGAUCCGUCACUCAGGUCCAGCUGCGGAUGUUCAACAUCGCUUGUGUGUUUGGAGCUGAUUCCACUUUUUUAAAGGGAAAACCUCGGUAAAAGUCUAAUACCGUUAGAGUUAAAAUUAAAGAAACCCCCAAGGAAAGAUCCAAAUUAUAGCGGUCCAGGCAAUAGCUAUGGAAUUGCCGGUUCUGGUUUUAGCGGCGAUGGUCCUGUCCUUUGCGUCCAGCACUAAAGUGAAUGUGCCGCGCCUUCGACUUUCUUAUAAAGAUCUUUUGGCCACAAACCGUACCUCGGUCUUCAGCGGUUUCCGUGGUGAUUUGCACUUGUCGGCUGUGUUUUUGGAUGAAUAUCACGACAGGCUUUUCCUUGGAGGAAAGGAUGUUCUGUAUUCACUGAAAUUGGAUCACACACAUGAUGCUAAAGAGAUCCAUUGGCCUUCGUUGCCUGGUAACCGUGAGGACUGUAUUCUCAAAGGCAAAGAUCCUGAGACGGAGUGUGCAAACUUUGUGCGGUUGUUGCAGCCAUUUAACCGCACUCAUCUCCUGGCCUGCGGAACGGGUGCGUUCCAACCUGUCUGCGCAUAUGUGUACGUCGGACACCGUGGAGAGCAUGUGUUCAGUUUGGAUCGUACCACAGUGCAGAAUGGGAGGGGAAAGUGUCCCCAUGACCCAAAACUACCCUUUGCAAGCACCUUCACAGGUGGAGAGCUAUAUACAGGUCUGACUGCUGACUUUCUGGGAAGAGACUCUGUGAUUUUGAGAAGUUUAGGGACUCGUUCACCCAUGAGGACAGAGACAGAUCAGAAAAUCCUGCGCGAGCCCAGGUUUGUUGCGACUCACCUCAUUCCUGACAGCGCGGACCGAGACGAUGAUAAGAUUUAUUUCUUCUUCACUGAGAGAGCAGCAGAGACGGCAGAGAGAGAUGAUGAAGGAGCUAUAUACACACGCAUUGGACGAGUGUGUGCGAAUGAUGUGGGUGGCCAGAGGGCUCUGGUGAAUAAGUGGAGCACAUUUAUUAAAGCCCGGUUGGUGUGUUCUGUUCCUGGACCUCACGGCAUCCAAACACACUUUCAUCAACUGGAGGAUGUGUUCUUGUUACGGACCAAAGAUGAAACAAAUCCAGAGAUCUAUGCGAUAUUUAGCACCAUCAGUAAUGUGUUUCAGGGCUACGCAGUGUGUGUGUAUAGUAUGGCUGAUAUCCGCGAGGCGUUUAAUGGGCCUUUUGCUCAUAAAGAGGGUCCGGACUAUCAGUGGGGACCUUAUGAAGGACGAGUUCCUUAUCCACGACCAGGAGUGUGCCCUAGUAAGAUUACAGCUCAACCCGGCCGUGCGUUCCUCAGCACGCUGGAGUUUCCAGAUGCAGUGCUGCAGUUUGCCCGGACACACCCACUGAUGUGGCGCCCCGUUUACCCGUCACAGCGCCAGCCGCUUCUGCUCCGCACAGGCGUCCUGUACAAACUCACACAGAUCACUGUAGACCGCACGCAGGCCGAGGACGGAUACUAUGAUGUCAUGUUCAUUGGCACUGACAUCGGCACGGUGCUAAAGGUUAUCGUACUGGGAAAUGGUAAUUUACACACCACUGAGGAAAUCACACUGGAGGAACUGCAAGUGUUUAAGGUUCCCACUCCCAUAACCUCUAUGGAUAUAUCUGUGAAGAGGCAAACUCUGUUCGUGGGUUCAGACACAGGUGUGGUCCAGGUGCCUCUGCAUCGCUGCAGUAUGUAUGGCAAAGCGUGUGCCGAGUGCUGUCUGGCUCGAGAUCCUUACUGCGCUUGGGAUGGACACUCAUGCACACGCUACCUGCCAAACACCAAACGCCGAUACCGUAGACAGGACAUCAAACAUGCAAACCCUGCGGUGCAGUGCAUGGACCAAAACCUCAGCGUUGAAGAUUUGGAUCUGACUGAAGAACAGGUGGUUUAUGGCACUGAAAACAACAGCACAUUUCUGGAGUGUGUCCCUCGAUCACCACAGGCCACUGUCACCUGGCACAUACAGAGAGACGACCACUUAGAAGAGGUGAUAUUAGAUGAACGUAUUAUCAAGACAGACGAUGGUUUGUUGUUUCGCCGUGUACUCCGUCUGGACGAAGGCAUCUAUGUGUGUCGAUCUCGGGAACAUGGAUUUACUCAAACCCUCUCACGCUUCUGGUUGGACAUUUUACAUGCCGACACCCUGUCGGACCUCUUAUCACGUGAUAGCAAAUAUAAGGUGUGGUCACCGUGCCCUGCCCACGUGUCCCCUGCCAAUCGCAGCCCAGCCAGGGGGUGGUUUAAGGAUGUCUUGCAGCUGAUAGGUCCAUCAAACCUGCCGCAGGUGGAGCAAUACUGUGAGCGUGUUUGGUGUAAUGAAAAGCUGAGAAGGAAACACAAGACCAUGAUGGACAAAUAUCGGCAAGCGCAUGACUCAGCGAGGAAAGCACGGAUCCAGAAAAGUACAGGGGAACGGAUACGCUCUCCACGGGACCUCCACACAGCAGAGUAAAACAGAUGUACACACAUCACAAAGUGAAGGGAAGGUAUGGACUUCCAAUGGAAAGUGGACAAAGGACUUUUUUUGAUAGCAGCACGCAACCAUUUUUGUUCAUGGUGAUGUAAAAUAUUAUUGCGGGUUUAAUAGUCCAACUUCGGGUUGUUGUCCUCCAACAGUUCCUAUGACCACAGAAACAACACCUCAUCACCUCACAGCAGACCGUGGAUAAAGUUGUUAAUGUCUCACUUAGUAUUAAGCAGCUGCAAAACUUACUGGAACAGAUGAGGGAGGCAUGGACACAUUGACUUCAGUAGUAAAUUGGAGAGCUGCCACUACAAUAACAGGUGCCAAAAAACACACAUUCAUUCAGAACACAUCUGUCUCUCAUACAGCUGGGCAUAAUGUUCAGACUUUUUCUCAAUGUUGAAUUAAGUGGUAGUGUUUUGCAAAACUUAGCUUGCCAGUGCAUUAAACUGUAAGAAAAUGACAUUUUAAAAUAAGACAUUUUGGUAACUAGAUCACAGGCUGACGACUGUUGAGACUUCGACAGAUCUGAAGAGCUUUUUUAGAGGCAAUCAUGAUUGUUAUUGAACUUUGUACAGGCUUCUUUUUUUUGCAGUUAAUAUUGAAAGAUUUUUUUAUUUUUAAACCAGGGUUUGUGAUUCAUUCAUGAUUUAACCAGAUGUUGUGCACUACAGUUUUUACAUUAAAACUUUGGUGUCUAUUCCUGUGUUGUUGUGCCGGGAAGCCCCGCCCAUAGUGAAAUCUAAUUGGUCCCAAAUCCUACUCCAAAUAGCGAGAUUACACGUACAAUUCGCCUAUUUCACAAAAUGGUGACAGAGACCGGGAGUAGGGGAAAACUUUUUCCGGCCCUACUGCUGUCAUAGCCAUUCAUUCAUUCAGCCUGUUUUCUCACAGGCAUUCAUUUUAUUUACCAAAAUAUGUUGUCCGAUGUAUUCAUGGUUUACUGGGAGAUGUAAAAAUAGGGAAAACAAACAUUACAAAAACAUUGUUUUUUGAGCGAUUUAUUUGUUAUCAAGGUCUGAUAUAUGUUAGAGAAAUCAGCAUAAAGGGAGCGCUACAUGCCUAACUUCUUCUGGUCUCUGCAACUGUUCUGUGUAGUGAAUGAAGCUAGAGCAUUGACCGGACAAGCGUUUACCCUACUUCCGGUUUGUACACGUCACGCUGUGAAAUAGGUCUAUGCUGUGAUGUUUAGUUUCAAUAGAUAAAGUGCUUGUGGCUGGAAUUUUAUUGCAAUGUGUCUGGUUAGGACACUGUGUAAAGCUACAUACUCAGAGGUUUUCGUAGCAUUAAUGUGAAAUAAUCUUUUUUUCUAGCUAUUUACGUUCUUCAUUUUUUGCCCAGACUUUUUGGCUCCCUUUUAUUUAAACUAAACUCUCCUGCAUCACUUGAACUAUGUUUAUUUAUUUAUAGUCAUAAAAGUGUGGAAACAUUGACUGCUUUUUUUAAAAACUUUGCGGUUUGUAAAAAUCUCUCAAAGAGAGAUGGAGAAAUUGUCCGACUCCCAAACCUUCUGACAUCUUUUCUGAACUUCAGGGAAAACCCUUUAUGUUGCUGGACCAGAUCAAGCAAAAGAAACAACCGUUUAAUAUAAAAUUUUCUGUGCCCUGACGGGACUGGCUGCAUAGAAUUGCACUGAAAGUUUGCUAUUUGUGAAUGGGUACAGCAGCACUGUUCUGACAUUUUUUUCAUCUUACUGUAUUGCCUUUAGCUGUUUAUUGUUAACACUUUACACAAUUAUUAAGCAUUAUUUUUAGAGGCAUUAAAGCAAACAUUUAAUGGUGCUGUACAGUUUACCAUGAGCAACAUUACUGCAUUACAUAUUUUUUUCACAUAAUGGUUGUGAUGGUUUUAGCCCUCUAGUUUUUCCUCCGUAGAUAAAAUAUACAGCAUAAAAAAAUCGGUGUUUUUUACCAGGUUGUCUUAUGUAUUUAUGUGUUAUUUAAAAGUGAUUCUUGCAUGCAGAGAAACUCCAACCUGUGUUUGGUUCAGUGAUACAUAAAUAAAAACAUU